UAACGCUUGAGAGCACGGGCUCGGCAAAAUGACGCUACGGCGGCGGUUCAAAGGCCUCGCAAAGGCGCAUCGCGAGGAUUCGAGACACAGACGUUGAUUACCACAUCACCGACAGACAAAAAUGUCCACUACUGUUGCAGAUACCACUGCCGCGCCGGCGGCAGCAUUGCCAAAGGUCACCCUUCACUGGCUCGAACAAUCGCGCUCCCAGCGCAUCCUCUGGCUCCUGCAAGAAUGCAAGGGUAUCGAUCUCCAGAUCAAGACCUACAAGCGUGGCUCCGACAUGCUCGCCCCCGCUGAGCUCAAGAGCAUCCACCCGCUCGGCAAAUCACCAUUGGUCACUGUCGAGGUCGCCGGCCAGACGAAGCCAUUGGUGCUCGCCGAGUCGGCCGCCAUCUCCGAGUACUUGACCGACAACUUUGCGCAGCACCUUGCGCCGGCCAAGUAUGCGGCGGGACAAGAGCCGACUGUGGGACUCGAGUCGGAGUCGUGGACGCGAUACCGCUUCUUUAUGCACUAUGCUGAGGGAAGCUUGAUGUCACUGCUUAUGGUGAAGCUGUUCAUGGACCAAAUCAAGAACGCCCCUCAGCCCUUCUUCAUCAAACCCAUCACCCGCACCAUCACCGGCCGCGUCGACGACGCUUACCUGACGGAGAAUUACGCCACGCACUUCAGCUUUCUGAACGAGCAACUCACGACCUCUCCCGACAACGGCGCCUUCCUGACUGGGGCUCAGCUCACGGCCGCCGAUAUCCUGCUCAGCUACCCCCUCGUCGCGGCGAAGGGCGACAAUAUGGAUUUCUCCAAGUACCCGAAGCUGUCGGCGUACAUCGAUAGCUUGGCCAAUCACCCUGGCUUUUUGGCGAGUGUCAAGAGGAUUGAGGAGUUGACAGGUGAGACGUUUGUGGCGUCUCCUCGGGGAAGGAAGUAAGAGAGAUGUGCACACGACAGUGAUGAUAAGGAAUGAACAAUGAAGGACUGUUUUAUGAUCUAGUAAAAUCGUGCAAAGAGGAUAUGUUGAAUUUCAUGUCGGCAACGACGGAAUAUCAAACUUUUGAUGCAUUAGAUUCAUAUACAUAUGUCAAAACAUGUCAUCAUCAUUAUCGGCAUUCGUCUAUUCAGGCAGCAGUAUUCCUCUCGGGAAGAGGGGCUGCGUUGUUCG